AUGGGAGGUCGUCAAGGCAAAUGGAGCACUCGUGGAAGGGGUGGUUCGAAGAGUCAUAGCCGGGGCAAAGGGUUUGAAGGGAAAUGCUACAAUUUCGAGAAGAAGGGACAUAUGGCCAAAGAUUGUAGGUCAAAGAAAAAGACUGUGGAAAGUAAUGCUGCCACUUCCAAGGUUGAAGAAGAAUUGGAUGCUGAGGCUUUCUUUGCGGCAGAAGAUGAGGACCUAGCAUUUAAAACUAUAACAUCCAGUCAAAUUGAUUAUGAAAAAGAUUGGAUUGUUGAUUCUGGUUGCUCAAAUCACAUGACAGGUAUGAAGAAAAAUCUACUUUCGGUAGCACUAUUAACAUCUUCUGGACAUUUUGUAUUGUUUGGUCCACAAGAUGUGAAGGUAUAUCGUGACCUCGAUGUUAUAGAAGAGCCGAUGAUGAAGGGACAAAGAUUACAAUCGGUCUACGUGCUAUUAGCGGAGACCGCAUAUGUAGAAAAGGCAAGGAGAAAUGAGACUGCGGAUUUAUGGCACAUGCGAUUAAGUCAUAUCAGUUAUUCCAAGCUUGAUGUAAUGAUGAAGCAGUCAAUGGUUAAAGGACUUCCCCACAUUGAAGUAAGAUCAGAUACUAUAUGCGCAGACUGUCAAUAUGGAAAAGCUCACUAG